AUGUCAAGCAGUGUAUUACUAACGAUCGACGAUACGAAUCCUGACCUGCAUUAUUCGCCUGGGUGGUUCACUGCGGGUAAUGCGACCACGGAGUACAAUGGCACGACACAUGGGACAGUGACAUUUGGAUCCACGAUGACCUUCACCUUCGUAGGGUCAGCCAUCACGGUAUACGGCACAGUAGGCCCGACAAAGUCGACCAGCUCCUACAAUCUCGAUGACCUGCCUGCCUAUGUCCACUCCGCCCCAGAGCCACCGUCUCCUGUGUACAGACAGGUGUUCUACCAAUCCCCGGUGUUGCCAUUCGGGGAACAUAUGCUCAUUAUGCAGAAGACCACGCGGGAUAAUAGCUACCUAUGGCUCGAUUUUCUGGAAUACAACGCGACUGAGCCAUCCGCACCGAGUACUACGAGUGCUCCAGCUACCGUGCUCCCUUCCUCGACUUCCAUAACUGCUACACCCGUGACAACCGUGUCCACUGGUGUCAGCCGCGGUGCCAGAGCCGGUGCGGUAGCAGCUGCAGUCAUCGCCGCCGUCGCAGUGGUUGUUACGCUCCUGCUGUGCCUCGUCAUGGCUCGGCGCAGAAAGCGGGGCCGUACCGCUGCAGGACCCAAGCCCGAUAUGCUUAGCUCAGCGGAUGAAGAGAAGGCUCCUUAUCCUCUUCAACUCCCGGGCCCAGGUACAGGUUUAUGGAACGGCGUUCCGAUCAUACGGGCGCCGCGACCACCGCAGCGGCCGAGCGGCUUUCCCAGUGUACUGCCGUUAGCGCUGUCUCAACAGUCGCCUGGCGUAAGACGAACGUCGUUCACCGCCGGUCGCGAUCGUCCGUUACCCGACCCGCCUCGCAACGCGGUACAGGGAGAUGCUUCCGCGAGGCUUGCGCCAGCACGGUCUUUGCCUAUUCGCCCUCACUCGUCAGGAAGGCAGCUAGUUGUUGCUAAUGGCGCAGCUACGCCUAGUACUGUUCGCAGUUCUCGAAACUCGCAGGUGUCGCAGGUCAGUCUGCCGAACCCGCAUCAAGGUGAAGAGUGCCCUUCGUAUGAGGCAUCGCAGAUUGGGUCCUCACUGUAUGACGGCGGAAGCUUGCGCCUGGCAGGGGGACCUCCAGCGGAGGGUGUUGACGAAAAGAGUAGAGAAAGGCUGCAGUGA